GGUGUAGUGAGUCUGUGGUUCCUUCCGUUCCUUGUAGUGGAACCAACGCACAGACGCUCCAGUUGAGGCUGGGACUGAUAUAACCAUGAAUCCUUCAUCAGCCAUUCUCAGAGGGACCCGUGCCGCCCUUUGCAUCAGACCUCUGCACACAACGCUCUCCGUCAACAUGCCUAUUCAGGUGGGUCAGUCCUUGCCGGCAGUGGAGGUGCAGGAGGGAGAGCCAGGGAAGAAGGUCUCCAUGGACCAGCUCUUCAAGGGGAAGAAGGGGGUUCUGUUUGCCGUACCAGGAGCCUUCACGCCCGGAUGCUCCAAGACACAUCUUCCUGGCUUUGUGGAGCAAGCUGCAGCGCUGAAGAGCAAAGGCAUCCAGGAGGUGGCCUGUGUCUCCGUUAACGAUGCAUUCGUCAUGGCCGCCUGGGGAAAGGAGCACGGAACUGAAGGCAAAAUAAGAAUGCUUGCCGAUCCUACUGGAGCUUUCACAAAGGCAGUGGAUCUGCUGCUGGACGCUGAGCAGCUGGUGCAGAUUCUUGGAAACCCAAGGUCCAAAAGGUAUGCCAUGCUGGUUGAAGACGGCGUGGUCAAGAAAGUAAACGUGGAACCUGACGGCACAGGACUGACCUGCAGUUUGGCGUCCAACAUCCUGGAAGAUCUGGCUUAGGCCACAAGCACUAAACCUACUGAACCUCUCUACUCCCUUUGUACACUUAAAUGAAAACAAACAAAAAACCCCAUAAAGCUGAGACGCACAAUUGUGUAAUUUGCACAGAGCUAUGCAGAAACCAUCCAUCCAAACCUUCAAACAAUUACUCUGUUUACAAUGUCUUAGUGAGACAAAAUAAAACACACCACUGUUGAGAAA